CUAAUUCUUCUUAUAAUUAUACUUAUGAAAGAAAAGAAGAGCACUGGUUUGAUACCAGAAGACUAGCAGAAAAUUAUAUCUCAGUCAAUAAAUCAAUGCCAAAAAGAAUCUAUGACUAUAUUGCAAAAGUAAUAACUGACUUAAGAAAGCUAAAAUUUCUAAAAGAAAAACAAGAAAAUGAUAAAAUAUCUGAUCCUAAAAUACCUCUAUUAUACAGAGAUAAUGAGAAAAGAGAUUUUAACCUGACUAUACAUAAUAGUCUACAGACUAAAACAAAAACAUAUCAAGAAUAUUGUCAAGAAAUGCAAGAUAAAACAAAUAGACAAAAAAUUCUUUCAAAUGGAAUAAACACUCUCCAAAUUGAAAGUAGAAAAUCAACUACUUUGACAACAUGCAGAUCGAGAACAUUUUAUAGGAUUAAUAAAAUAUUAAGAAUUAAGAAGAAUGUUCUAAUGAAUAGUAAGAAAGCACACUCAGUAAUUAAAAGAGCCUAUCAAAAAAUAAAAAAAUUACAAGAAGCAAGACUUUCAACUGAACAAAAAGCAUUUGAAGAAGCAAUGCAAAGAGGAUGA